AUGACUAGUGAACAAAUUAUUCGAAACCUUGCCGGUCAAGGAAUAUGUGAUGGUCAUUUAUCAACAAAUGCACCAGUCAAUCCCAGUGAUUGUGCCUUUUUGGAUGAAGAAAUGUUAAUUGCAGAUGCCACUAAUCAUAGAAUUCGUAAAGUUUUCACAAAUGGAACAAUUGUAACCAUAGCUGGAAAUGGAUUUGCUGGUUACAAUGGAGAUGGUUUAGAUGCAACAAGUGCUCAAUUGAACAAUCCAGUUGGCAUUUAUGUUGAUACCAAUAGUAGAGAAGUUUACAUUGCUGAUUCUAAUAAUCAUCGAAUUCGUAAAAUAUUACAGAAUGGAAAAAUUACAACAAUUGCUGGAACAGGAAUUGCUGGCUACAAUGGAGAUGACAAAAGUGCAGACAGUGCCCAAUUGAACACCCCAAGUGGAAUUGUUAUUGAUCCAAAUAAUGGAGAAAUUUUCAUUUCAGAUUCUAAAAAUCACAGAAUUCGUAAAAUUUUACAAAAUGGUAAAAUUACAACAAUUGCUGGAACUGGAGAAGCUGGUUACAAUGGAGAUGGAAUUGAGGCAAAGUUUGCAAAAUUGUAUCUACCAAACGGAAUUGAUUUGUAUGAGAAAGAGUUGUUUAUUGCUGAUCAAAAUAAUCAUAGAAUUCGUAAAGUUUCGCUUGAUACUGGACUAAUUUCAACUAUUGCUGGAAAUGGAAAUUCAGGUUACAAUGGAGAUAACAUUCUGGCAACAAACUGUAAAUUGAGUUUACCUGCAGGAGUUAGAUACGAUUCGAAAAGAAGAGAAGUUUACAUUGCUGAUUCCAACAACCAAAGAAUUCGUAAAAUAUUAGAAAGUGGAAUAAUUGUAACAAUUGCUGGAACAGGAGAAGCUGGAUUUGAUAAUAUUCUCAAUGCUACCCAAUCAAAGGUUAAUCAUCCUAAUAGUGUUACUUUGAACGAAUUAGGGGAAGUUUUCAUUUCAGAUUCACAAAAUUAUCGAGUACGAAAGAUUACAACAGAAAGUGGAAUAAUUACAACAAUUGUAGGAAAUGGAUUUGAAAAGUAUUGCACAGAUUUAGCUAGUAACACACCAUUGUUUUAUCCUCGUGGUAUAAUUUCGAAUGAAAAUGGAGAAUUUUUCUAUGCCGAUUCUAGCAACCAUUGUAUUCGAAAAAUUCUGACAAAUGGUACAAUUCUUACAAUUGCUGGAACAGGUACUAAGGGUUACAAUGGAGAUGGAAUUGAAGCAACAAGUGCUCAAUUAAAUACUCCUCACGAUGUUGCAUUAAACUUGGCAACUGGCGAGAUUUACAUUGCAGAUACGGAAAAUAAUAGAAUAAGAAAAAUUUUGACAAAUGGUACAAUUACAACAAUUGCAGGAACUGGAGAUUAUGGAUACAAUGGAGAUGGAAUCAUGGCUGUAGAUGCAUGGUUGAAUGAACCGAGUGGUGUUGAAAUUGAUUCCACUAGCGGUGAAGUUUUCUUUUCUGAUACUGAAAAUUUCAGAAUUCGAAGAGUUUCGAAUAGUGGAAUAAUUACAACAAUUGCAGGAACUGGAAAAUCAAAAUUUAAUGGAGAUGGUAUGGCAACAGACACGAAUCUUGCUACUCCAACUGAAAUUCAAUACGUUCCAAGUACUACUGAAAUUUAUUUUGCUGAUUCUGGAAAUAAUAGAAUUAGAAAAUUUACUAUAAAUGGAAUGAUGACAACUAUUGCUGGAACAAGCACAAGUGGAUAUAAUGGUGAUAAUAUGCCUGCAACACGUGCUUGGUUGAAUUUUCCAGUUGGUGUAACAUACGAUCCAAAAACCAAUCAAGUUUAUAUUGCCGAUUUAUCUAAUCACAGAAUUAGAAAAAUUCUGACAAAUGGUACAAUUACAACCAUUGCUGGAACAGGAAAAGGAGGUUAUAAUGGUAAUAACUUGACAGCCUUAUCCACUCAAGUGAAUGGACCUCAUGGAAUGAUACUACAACCGAAUGGUGAUGUAAUCUUUUCAGAUAGCACCAAUAAUGUCAUUAGAAUUAUCAGAUCUGAUCAAAUUUAUUGUAAUGGAACAUUGUCAAGUGAUUUGAAUGUUUGUAAUGGUCGUGGUUGGUGCAUGGAGAGUGGAAAAUGCUCUUGUCAAGACGGAUGGAUUGGUGAUUAUUGUUCAGAGCCAACAUGUGAAAAUGAUUGUUAUGGACAUGGAAGAUGUGUUUCGAAUAAUACAUGUGAAUGUGAAUAUGGUUGGGAUGGAAACUCUCACUGUUCUCAAUUUUCAUGUGGUGGAUUGAAUAAUUGUAACUCGAAUGGUUUAUGUGUUUCGAAUAAUACUUGCAGUUGCCAAUCAGGAUGGGCUGGAACUGAUUGUUCUCAAUUUACUUGUUCUGGCGCUAGCAAUUGUUCAGAUCAUGGUUCCUGCAUUUCGAAUAAUACUUGUCAUUGCAAUUCUGGUUGGAAAGGAAAUGCCCAAUGUUCCCAAUUUACUUGUGAACUCACAAAUGAUUGUUCGAAUCAUGGCUUGUGUGUUUCGAAUAAUACUUGUCAAUGUAGUUCAGGUUGGAAUUUCAUUAAUUGUUCCAUCAAAGAAUGUCUCAUUUCAAUUGUUUCAGGUUCAAGAGAAUUGAUAUGUGGAAAUGAUAAUUCUUCUGGUCAACUGAAAACAUUUAGCAGAAUAACGACUCCAGUAAUUGAAACAACAAGUUUCGAAUUGAAUGAAAAUCAACAUGUAAAUGUUGAUAUUGGAUCAAGAAUAAUGAAUUUGGAUCUAUCUCAAGACAAGUAUUUCAUAACCUCUUCAUGGACCAAUUCGAAUAAUUUAUUCUUUACCAAUGUUUCCAAUUUACUAAUUCAAAACUCAGGUUCAUCACUUAUUCAAGCAGAACUUUCAACAAAAAUCAAGUAUUCUUUCACGCAUCAUUCAAAUCUUGAUAUCAUGUCAUUUAACUAUAAUUGUUUAAGAUUUGACAUCCUGUCACAUUUGUGGACAAAUCAAUCCAUAACAACAAGCAUUUCUCCACAAACUAACUCCAUUACAUGCACAACUAUAUUCAUUUCUUCAGUAGUUGUUCAAAGAACUUUAAUCCCUUCACCAUCAAUCUCACCAAAACACUCAUCAAAUCCAUUUCCAUCAAUUUCACAUGAAAAUUCAAUUCCACUCCCAAGCGAUGAGACAAUUACAUUGAAUAUCCAACCUGGAGAAUCAAUUCUCUAUCAAAUAACUCUUCCAUCCAUGAAAAGACUUUCACUUUCGUGUAAAACAAUUUCAGGAAGAGAUUUAAAUUUGUUUAUUGGAGAAAAUUUCAAACCGUCUUAUGAAAUGUACUCAAAAGUUAUGAAUUCUAAUCAGGAAAUGGAUUUUGAAAAUUGGAAGUCGAUAUACCAGGUGUUUUACAUUCGAGUUCAAGGUUUGAAAGAUUCAACAACUCAAUUCACUAUAAGAGCUUCAAUUAGUCAACUGAGACAAGUGAAUUCUUCGAGUGGAGCAAGAAAUGAUAAUUACACCAUUGGAUUAAUCGUCUCAAGUGUUAUUUCACUUCUAUUAUUAAUCAUUACCAUCCUAACUGUUCUUAGUUGUGUUUUCUAUUGGAGAAAGAAACGUAAACUUAUGGAAGAAACCAGAACGAAACUACUUUCAACUCCUAAUUCGCUUCAGUAUUCACCUCACCAACCGUAUGAAAUGGAGGAAGCAUAA